UAGUGAGGAAUAAACAUUAACAAUGCCGAAUAUACAAGUUAAAAACAGAAGAAAAAUUCUUGUUUUUCUUGUGCACUUUACUUUUCUUGCUGUUUCGACAGAAGGUGUGUUUUAUAUGGAGGCUGGUUCUACUGUGUGUUUACCAUUCUCCCAAAGUGAUAACACUAACACAGAUAGAUCGAUAAAGAGAGGAGACAAUAUUCUGUGUGUACAGUUUUCAGGAUCCAAAGACACGGGCUUCACAUAUGAUGUAUUAUCAAGACCAUUUAAUUGUACAACAAAUGACUCCACCAUUUCUGUGUGCAUUAAUGGCAUAACAAAUGAUGUACAGGGAAUGUUUAAGUAUGUUAUAGGUCCAGUGGAGUUGGAGAACGCAACACUCUUGAUAGCAA